GCAGCUGCGAUCUUGGCGAUGAAGGCCCUGCAGGCUCCGGGUUCUCCGUAGGACUCCAGAGAUCGAAGGGAAGCGCACUUUGAAGGCAGCGGUUGGGAGCGCGUCCACCGCUGGCCGCCACCAGUGACGGUUUCCAGGAGUGCUCAGGCCGCGACGAAGGCCGUGGUCGGUCACGGGGCGGACGACGAUGAGGCCGAAGACGUUCCCCGCCACCGCCUACUCCGGAAACAGCCGGCAGCGCCUGCAGGAGAUCCGCGAGGGGUUGAAGCAGCCGCCCAAGGCUCCGGCUCAGGGGCCGCCCGCAGGGCCGGGCGACAGUGCCGCGGACGCCAAGGCUCUGGGGGGCAAGGAUGGCGCCCGGCGGCAGCAGCCAAGGGCCGCCCCGCGGUUCGGGCCGCACCAGAAGGCCCUGAGGGAGAUCCGCUACUCGCUGCUGCCCUUCGCCAACGAGCCCCAGGUGAACCGGCAGAUGCUGCAGGAGCUGGUGGGCGCCGGCUGUGACCAGGAGAUGGCAGGCCGGGCGCUCAAGCAGACGGGUAGCAGGAGCAUUGAAGCCGCCCUGGACUACAUCAGCAAGAUGGGCUACCUGGACCCCCGGAACGAGCAGAUCGUGCGGGUCGUCAGGCAGACCUCGCCAGGAAAGGGCCUGGUGCCCGCCGCCGUGCCGCGCAGGCCGAGCUUCGAAGCAGUGGGCGACCCCCUGCCCGCCUACCACCCGCUGAGCGGCGCCUACGAGGGUGGCGCGCUGGGGGACGCGCCCCGGCAGUACGCGCCCGACUCCGUGGACGAGCACCCCUUGCCCCUGGGCGCUGGUGCCUACCCGCGUGACGUGGACGUGCGGUGCCCGCCCCCGCCCUACCCCAAGCACCUGCUGCUGCGGGGCGCGGCCGAGCAGGUGGACGUGGACGGCCUGUGCGCGGGGGUGGAGCAGCGGCUGCGGGGCACGCAGGCCGAGCCCCCCGACAGGGCCGACCCGGACCCCAAAGGCUCCAAGGCCGACCGAACCGGGAAAGAUAAGAAGCAGAUCCAGACGUCCCCCGUCCCUGUCCGCAAAAACGGCAGAGACGAGGAGAAAAGGGAGUCUCGGAUCAAGAGCUACUCGCCCUAUGCGUUCAAGUUCUUCAUGGAGCAGCACGUGGAGAACGUCAUCAAGACCUACCAGCAGAAGGUGCACCGCAGGCUGCAGCUGGAGCAGGAGAUGGCCAGGGCCGGCCUCUGCGAGGCAGAGCGGGAGCAGAUGAGGCGGAUCCUAUACCAGAAGGAGUCCAACCACAACAGGCUCAAGAGGGCCAAGAUGGACAAGUCCAUGUUUGUGCGGGUCAAAACCCUGGGGGUCGGCGCCUUCGGCGAGGUGUGCCUGGCCUGCAAGGUGGACACGCACGCCCUGUACGCCAUGAAGACGCUGCGCAAAAAGGACGUUCUGGACCGGAAUCAGGUGGCCCAUGUCAAGGCCGAGAGGGACAUCCUGGCCGAGGCGGACAACGAGUGGGUGGUCAAGCUGUACUACUCCUUCCAGGACAAGGACAGCCUGUACUUCGUGAUGGACUACAUCCCCGGGGGUGACAUGAUGAGCCUGCUGAUCCGCAUGGAGGUCUUCCCCGAGCACCUGGCCCGCUUCUACAUCGCGGAGCUCACGCUGGCCGUCGAGAGCGUCCACAAGAUGGGCUUCAUCCAUCGAGACAUCAAGCCGGACAACAUCCUCAUAGACCUCGACGGGCACAUUAAGCUGACGGACUUCGGCCUCUGCACAGGCUUCAGGUGGACACACAACUCCAAGUACUACCAGAGAGGGAGCCACGUCAGACAGGACAGCAUGGAGCCUGGGGACCUGUGGGGCGACGUGUCCAACUGUCGUUGCGGGGACAGGCUGAAGACGCUGGAGCAGAGGGCCAGGAAGCAGCAUCAGCGGUGCCUUGCGCACUCCCUGGUUGGGACCCCGAAUUACAUCGCUCCAGAAGUGCUCCUCCGGAAAGGGUACACGCAGCUCUGCGACUGGUGGAGCGUGGGCGUGAUCCUCUUCGAGAUGCUGGUGGGGCAGCCGCCCUUCCUGGCCGCGACUCCCACGGAGACCCAGCUGAAGGUGGUGAACUGGGAGAGCACGCUGCACAUCCCGGCCCAGGUCAAGCUGAGCCCGGAGGCCCGGGACCUCAUCACCAGGCUGUGCUGUGCCGCCGACCGCCGGCUGGGCCGGGGCGGGGCUGAUGACCUGAAGGCCCACCCGUUCUUCGCCACCACGGACUUCUCCAGCGACAUCCGCAAGCAGCCGGCCCCCUACGUUCCCAAGAUCAGCCACCCCAUGGACACUUCCAACUUUGACCCCGUCGAGGAGGACAGCCCCUGGAACGACGCCGGUGAGGACGGCGCCGCGGCCUGGGACACGCUCACGGCGGCGAGCAGCAAGCACCCCGAGCACGCGUUCUACGAGUUCACCUUCCGGCGGUUCUUCGACGACAACGGCUACCCCUUCCGCUGCCCGAAGCCCGCGGAGGCGGAGGCGCCGCCGGCCGGGGACCCCGGCCCGGGCAGUGGGGAUCUGUACCAGCGCGUGCUCGCCACCUGGGAGGGUCUGUCGUAA